UCGUCCGGCGAAUUAAUAAUUUACUUUAAAUAACUUCCGACAUUUCUACAGAGACGAACCAAACCAACAGCGACUCCUCUCUCUCUCUCUCUCUAUAGAAUUUCAGUCUUCGCCAUUUCUUGUUGCUGGAAAUGAUUCUUCAAUAUUUAAGCUGGCAAUGGUUGGACAUCGCUCUUACAUGGCUGUAGAAGAUUAUAAAGAUGUCAGGAACAGCUCUUAGAGAUCUCAAUGUACUGCCGAUUUCGGGACUGGAGAAGAAAAGUGAUGGCUCUAGUAAAGGAGGUUUUACAAAGCCUAACAUUGAGAACAACAUAGAAAGGAGGCCGAGUAAAGUUUCUGCAUCCCUGUCAUCUGCUCCAGUGCAAGAAGCUGAGUCAGUGGGUAACGGCGUGGAAGCUGGAAAUUUAGAAAUUGAGUAUAUAGAAUCUGAGAAUCUGCCGGAUCUUCCUUCUGUGGAUACAAGUCUCAGUACGCUUCUAGCAAAGUUAGACUCCAAAAAUUGGGUUUUGGUAUGUGAAGCACUCAACAAUGUGCGGCAAAUAUCUUUAUAUCACAAGGAGAAACUGCUGGAUAUAUUAGGAGACGUGAUUCCACUGCUCGUGAAAUCCUUGAAAAGUCCAAGAAGUGCAGUUUGCAAAACUGCAAUUAUGACAUCUGCUGACAUAUUUAAGGUUUACGGAGAUUCAAUAGUUGAUUCACUUGAUCUGAUGCUUGUACAAUUGCUUCUCAAAGCUUCACAAGAUAAGCGCUUUGUAUGUGAAGCUGCUGUGACUGCUUUGAUUUCAAUGACAACUUGGGUUUCUCCUUCCCUGUUAUUGCCAAAGCUGCUGCCUUAUCUUAAGAACAAGAAUCCUAGAAUCAGGGCAAAGACAUCUAUGUGUUUCGGCCGAACUGUACCACAACUUGUAAGUUUAAUUUCCUUAAAUUUGAAAUUUGUUGUGGAUUAUUAUUUAACUGUGUCUGAUAUUUUUCUUAUUAUGUGUCGUUAGAAACCAACUUGGUAG